UUAUCUAAAAGAAGUGGAAAGAGUCAAAGAACUUUGUUUCUGGUAUUGAAUUGAAGCUCAUAGUUUUGGCGAUAAAGAUGAGAACUUUAGCUAUCUUGCUGCUAUUUUCUGCACUAUUUAGGGCAUUUGCAUCAUCUGACGAUGCAUACCCUUCUGGGUAUGGAGACGAACCGGGUAUCUGUCUGGGUUCUAGCGGCAAAUUACAGCAGAGAGAAGCUUAUGAAGGGGAAAUCUUUGACAUCACGCAUCCGUACACUCCUAACACGCCGGUGGGGGAUUCUGCUGAUGGCGCAGGACAAAUUCUGAGUCUUUUGAUGAGCAUGAAAAAUGGGUCUGAUUACAACUUGUCGGAGAUGAGAUUGUGUGUUCAUGCUGGCACUCAUGUUGAUGCGCCGGGGCACAUGUACGAUAAUUACUUUGAUCAGGGAUUUGAUGUUGAUACUCUUGACCUUAAAGUUCUCAAUGGCCCUGCAUUGGUAGUGGAUGUUCCAAGGGACAAGAACAUAACUGGUAAACUUUCUCAAGAAUUUAAUGUCUUAAUUUUCUGUCUCCAUGGAUGUUUAAUUUGUUUGAGUAGUAUAUGAAACAAGAUUCUCCAAGCAUAUUGAACUAAUCAA